AAAAUACAAACAAGGAGGUUUGACUUGAAUAAAAAAUCUGAACCCAGGGUGGCAUGAUGAGUACUUAUUUUUCAGAUGGUGUUUAUCUUCACAAGGACUUUGAUGCCCAUCCCCUCAAACAAAUCAGACUGCUCAUGUUUACUGAAUCAUUUGCUUGGAAGAAAUUCGUGUCCCUCACAGUGGGCUGAAGAUUAGUGCCCCUGAGUGAGAAAUACUGAGUGUAUUUUUUUCCCGUUUCUCCUUUUUCUCAGUGAUGUCCACUGUCCUACAAUUGGUAUUCUUACUAACAUAUCUGUGUGUAGGGGUAGAAAGGUCAAGACAGUCAAAACUGUGAACAGUAAGAGACAAAGGCAAGAGAGACUUUUUAUAUGUUAUCAAACUAUAACAACUAACACCUCAGUUACCACUCCCAAAGCGUGAGAGUUUUGUUUAAAGAUGGGAAAAUCUUGAGCAAAUUGUUCAUUUCCAUAUAUGCUGGCAUGUGCUGUUUCUCUGCCUAAAACAUCACCACCACCACGCACACACACACACACACACACACACACACACACACACACAUACACAUGCACACACACACACACAUAUGCACCCUCCUUGCCUUGCCUAACUCCUCUUUAGCUUUAGGUUCUCCCUGUUUAGUCUUCCUAGACCCCAAGUCUGAGAUGGGUUUCCCUCUUAAUAGCUCCCAUAAGACCCUGAACAUUCUCCAGCACCACGCUUAUCACAACACUUAUCACAAAAUAUAGUAAUCACUUCACUACAUUAGAGCUCCAUGAAGGCAGGGACCAGAUCUAUCUUUUUCCACAGUUCUAUUCCCCAUUCCUGGAAUGGCAGCCAAUAAGUGUUUAUAGAAUAAAUGAAUUCUGUAAGACUUUUCUUUGUCUGAGCCUUUGUUUAUCUCUCUGAACAACGUCUGUUAAGUAUGGUUGUUCAGGUCAUCUACUGUACGAGGACAUCUAGCAGAAUUGGGAGGGGAGGCUGAAAUCCAGCCCACGUUCUCAUCACCAAGCCACUGUCACUGGUGGUAUCCACUCAGAGGAAGAGGUACCUUCUUCUGAUUUGCACUGUUGCACCAUACGGGCUUUGGGCAGCCCAGCUCUGAACAACGCUUAGUGUCUUCAAAAGUAAGUCAGAAUUCUCCCUCUCGUUCCUAGAAAGGCUAGGACAGAGUGCUUUUACGAAACUGUUUCUUCAGGUCCUUUGCCAGCCAUCAAAGCCAAGACUGACCCCAUUCACGGCGAAGAUCUCCCUCACUCUCCUCUGAUUUGUGUCUCCUGCAGGAUUUGGGAUGACGACUCCAGCCACAGUAGAAGGAAAAAUCUUUCUGAUCUUCUAUGGCCUCCUUGGGUGCUCCAGCACCAUCCUGUUCUUCAACCUCUUCCUGGAGCGCCUGAUCACCGUCAUCGCCUGCAUCAUGAAAUCGUGCCACCAGCGGCAGCUCCGGAGGCGGGGGGCCUCACCACAGCAGAGCCUGAAGAACCCGGGGAAGGGUGAGGUGGACCGCUCGGCUGGCUGGAAGCCCUCCGUGUACUAUGUCAUGCUGAUCCUGUGCAUGGCCUCCCUCCUCAUCUCCUGCUGCGCGUCCGCCAUGUACACCUCCGUGGAAGGAUGGAGCUACUUCGAUGCACUCUACUUCUGCUUUGUGGCUUUCAGCACCAUUGGCUUUGGGGAUCUCGUCAGCAGCCAGAACGCCCGGUAUGCCAGCCAGGGCCUCUACCGCUUCGCCAACUUCGCCUUCAUCCUCAUGGGCGUCUGCUGCAUCUACUCCUUGUUCAAUGUCAUCUCCAUCCUCAUUAAACAGUCCAUGAACUGGAUCCUGAGGAAGAUGGAUGGCGGGUGCUGCCAACAAUGCCAAAGACGACUCUUGCAGUCCCGGAGGAACGUGGUGAUGCCAGGCACUGUCCAGAACCGGUGCAACAUCUCCAUAGAAACGGAUGGAGUCAUAGAGAGUGAUACGGAUGGGCGGCGUCUCUCGGGUGAGAUGAUCUCCAUGAAGGACUUCUUGGCGGCCAACAAGGUCUCACUAGCCAUCCUCCAGAAGCAGCUGUCCGAAACGGCCAAUGGCUGCCCCCACCAGACCAGCACUCUGUCGCUGGACGAUGAAUUCUCAGGGGGGGUAGGAGCCUUUGCAAUAAUGAACAACAGGCUGGCAGAGACCAGCGGGGACAGGUAGGGGCAAGGAGAGAAUGGACAACGAGGGUACUGUCACCCAGCUCAGCUCUGUGCCCUGGCUGGGUUCAUUCUGUUCCUUCUAGCCUGGAGCCCAGCUUGAGAAAUCUCAUCUUCUUGUCUCCAGCAAACAGCCACUUGCCAGGGCUGCGGGAACCUGCAGCCUCGAUGCCUUUCUCCUUAUCUUUAUUCUUUAAGUCUAAAUUCAGUCUUUUAAAAAUGGACCACAAAAGCAGUCUAAGACAUCACGUUGUCUUCUUUACCCACCUUGCUGCAGGGUUUUAACUGCCUAAGAGAGGGAGGGCUUCCUUAAGCCUUGAUUUCCUGCUGCUCUAUUCUUCAUUUGGAAAUAAAAAUCCUGAAGAUCCUGAUUUUCCCCUGGAACUCUGAACAGCUGAAUUCACUGCCUCUCUUAGUCCCUUCAACAAAGGGAGGGUGGGAACUGUUUGAGAAUGUGACUGGGCUUUCUUUUUGCUGGGCUUCCUUCUGGGCAGAUUCAUCCAUGGGGCCAUGGCUAGGGAAAGCAUCUGUUCCUCUUUAUACCUGCCUCUCUAUUUUUGUUUUUCCUUUCUUUUAUUUUUAAGCUCUUAACGCUUGACUAAGGUGUCUGUGGGACCUCAGUGUGGUAAGAAAACAAAAUUCAGCUUCAGAGCUUUAAACUGAGGCGUGGUGGUGGGAAGACUCAUUCUUGUCACUAAGCUCUAUUCUUAACACGUUAAGCUCUGUUCUUAACACGUUAUGCUCUGUUCUUAACACGUUAAGCUCUACUGAAUGGACCCUUUGAAUGGUCCCAGAGACCACUUCAUUUUUACCAGGGCUUGGGGCCCGUUGCAAAGAUAAUGGCUGACUAUUUAUUAGAAUCGAAAGUUUAAUAAAUCCUCAUUUUAUUAACGAAGAUUACAUGAUUGCUCAUUAAGGACAUUGGGGGGAGGGUGCCUAAUUAAACAGGCACUUACUGCACUCAGAGAAAAAGGAAAUAGGAAGUUAAUUUUAAGAAUGUGAACAUAUCAUCUUGGAUUCUUGGCUGGAGAAACAUUCUAGACCAGAUAAUGAAACUUGGCUUCUCUUGUCUAAUCCGUUUCAGUUCUGCCUUGUGGUAUUGUAACAAGUCUAAUUACAUAACCUCCCAUGUUGUUAAAGCAGUCCAUGCUAGGAACAAGAGCUGUUGAUCUUCUUCAUCUAUGCAGGAGAGAAGAUUUGGGGGGAUGAGAGCAGAGUUCAUAAGAGAUAGCUGCAGUUUUUAUAAGAUAAGAAUGGUGUCCAAAAGGCACUUUCAGAAAUGAGGAAGAAAGAUGGGCGCCAUAAAGAAGAUAAAGCAGAAAAGCUCUGCCCAGUGAAACUGAAUUGUUGAGCAGAAAGCAUCAGGCUGGGAGGACCCUUAGGAACCAUCCCAUCCAACCCCCUUGUUUUUGACACAAGGAAACAGAGGCACGCAGGGAUUGCUCCUUGUCUGAAUACUCAGGGCUGAUGGGGCACAGCUAGGAGAAGCGCCCAGAUCUCUGAUGAAGUCUGGGCUCUUCACCCAUGCUCUACCCAGCCUCAGAACACCCCCAACAGCUCCCUCUCCAGGCUGAGUUGACUUUUCUUCCAGCUGGCAAACCCAGAUAUUUUCUUUACGGUACCAGGAGUGCCCUAGAGCCAAAGUGUGAUAAGCAGCAGUGCUGGGCUUUGAACUUAGGGCCGUGAAGCUCCAAAGUCAGAGAUCUUCAACCAUUACCUUGUAUCACGCUUACAGGGCAGCAGCCUGGAGCUACUGCAAAACCCUUGUUAGGAACUUCUGAUCAUAAACUGAGCUCCCUGGGGGCUCUGCCCUGCACGAGGCACUGUGGGGAUGGGGAGAGCAUCUGGGUCCCUUUCCCUAGGGGAUUUCUUGAUCUCCACAUUCCUGGUACAGGGACUGGCACGAAGCAAGGCCUUGCUUCUCUAACCUGGGUCCCUAGAGAUCUCGCAGGUGUACCAAGAGGCCAAGAAGCAUCAGUAUAAGCAAGCCUCAUCUUCCUGGAGGGUCAGUUUUACUAAAUGAUUUUUGCAGAGAGAUGUUAUGUCAAAACACAUCUAUUUAAGUAGGUCCCAAAAUUGGCAUAAACUUUUAAGCUAAACAUGAAAAACAUUUGUGAUCUUAUGAUGAGCUUUCUAAGUCUUCUCAGAGUCUCAGAGGAUGAGUUUGUUCUCCUCUAGGUUGGGGGUUCCCUGGUGGAAACACUUGAGAACCAGUGUAAGGAGAGAAAAGUGCAGUGCAUUUAAGAUGGAUGGAUAGAUGGAUGGGAGUAACAUGCCAAAAAAAUUACAAAACUAGGAAACUUUGUUUAGAUAAACCUCUUUAUACUUACCCUUAGGCAUGAGUUGGUCAAUAAGAGAAUUUCUAGAUAGUAAUAUCAAAGCUGGAGUUCAAAACCUGGAGCCCACAAAUCCCCUAAUAUUGUUAUGUAUGCGUACACGAACGUGAGCGGAAACACACGUGUAGUUUUCUAGGUAAUGAGCUUCAUGGUUUUCAUCAUGUUUCCAAAGGGGUCCUCACAUUUUCACUAGAGUAAGGACGUUUACUGCUAUUUUCUCUUGUUAUCUUUGUCCCCACACAGCAUGUCUCUAGCCCUCCUGACAAGUUCUCUCUAUUCUGUUCUCUCUGAACUGUCACUGUGUGACCUUUAGGUUGGCCCAGGUUCUUCUGUUUAGGAACCCAGAGACUCCCCGGAGUGAUAAAGGACCUAUUGACUCAGCAUCAUGAGGUGGUCAGGCUUCAUCCAUGGCUGGGCUCACAGCUGGCCAUCUUGAGCUCUCUGUGACGCUAUAAAUGUGAACUGGCCUUGAAUGCAGGGACCUCAAAGCCAAGACCCAAGUGACCAUCAAGUUUCUCAAGUGACCAUCAUCCCACACACUUGCACAAGUUUUGUUAUAUGUCCAUCCUACCUGAAAUAGUAUCUUCUUGAUAUUUUAAUCAACUCAGUUUUAAUUAGUUUUGUUUUAAAAAGAAACUUUGUCUCACUACCUAAACAGAAGACUCAUAUCACUUGCCAUAAACAGAAAAUAGAGUCAUUGCAAAAAUCAAUAAAAUGAAGAUAAAACUAUGUUAUUAAAUUCUAACAAGAUCCCGUAUCCUAGCAGAGGCUUUAAUCCCGUGAUCUUUUCUCUCUCGGUUAAAAACGGAGAUUGGCAAAUGUGGGGGGGGGAGUUGUUAUAAAGACUCAUUAGCACCAAACAGAGACUCUCUUCAUGAUGUAAUGAAAGGACUGGAAGAGAAUUGGGAAGGGAGUAACUCUCUCACCAUACGAUUCAGUGUUAAUUCAUUCCAAGCCUGCGGGCCCCUAAAAUCAUCUCAUGUUCCACCCAAAUCAUUGGUGCACGUCCCACAUUGGGGGGGCUACAUAAAAGUAACAAAGUACAGCACAGUUUCUGAGGUCAUGCCCACCACGUGGUAAAGAACGGUUCUUGGAUUUGAACACCAGGCCCAGUAGUUCUAAUGUGAGAGACAGUGGGCAGGUCUCUCAACCUCACUGUGUCCCAUUCCCUCUGUACCUGUGAUGUGGAAACAGUAGCAACACCAGAUCAAAUGAGAAGAUGCUCAGGGCAGGGCUUUGUGGCCUCUGAGGAGCUGCAAAUGCAGUGGGCGCUGGUGGUCCACGUGCUGCGGGGGUGGGGGGAUGUUACAUCCAACAGGGAAAGAUUUUGUUCUCUUCUCGCACCUGCCACCCAGCACUUGCCACACUGCGCUUCAUUAACUGUUGUCAUUUAUUAAAUGGUGUCACUCUUGGUGAUGGUUUUAUACUAAACCAAAAGACCCCAAUGCCUUUAUUUCUGUUCCACUGAGUCCUUUUAUUUUAGUAUUAGCUGAGCCAAUUGAAUGAUUUGACACAGUAGAAUGUUCUGGGAAAGCUGUAAUAUCUUGGAUAUUGCUAGAAUUUUAUAGCUUUUAAGGCUUAUCCAUUCACAGUUGUAAUAUUUUGACUUUCAUAACCACAUUGCAAAGUAGGUAGGGUACUUAUCUUCAAACUGCCUUUAAUCUUUUCUGAAAUAAGAGAGAGAAAUAAUCACACUUCACAUAAAAAUUAACUGGGGUUCAGACUGAUGUAGGUUAGAGAAUAAGUAAGUUAAAAUUAUACAGACUGGGUUUGAAGUUUGGCUUUGUCACGUUCUGGCUAUAUGAACAUGGGAAAAUUACUUAA